AGUGAGCAAGUUCAAGAAAUGAUCGGAGAAGAGCAGCAGGAGGAAGACGAGACUAACUCAGAUUCUGAUCUGAACAGUUGGGUGCAAGCGAGGCCUGCAUUUGGCGGACAAAAAGAUACGGUGCCUUUGCUGAAAAAUGCUGCAUCUAGUAGUAGGAAAUCAAAUAGAACCUCGAAACGCGGUGCUAGGGGUAGUACUAAUCAUGUUCUUGGACGAGGAUCAGCGAGCUCUCAAAAUGUAGGAGAAGGAGCAGCAGCAACAGCUUGUGCUGUAGAGGAUGAUACAACUACAGGGGCAAGAAGUGGAGACCACCCUGUCGCUUCUCACCCGACUAUGACUGAAGAAAAGAAAGACGGAGAGCACAUCCAUCGGCAACAACUGUCCAAAGAAACUCCUGUAGGUGUUGAAAAAAUCACAGAGGUCAUUUCUGACCUGCACUCACUCACUUCUGGGACACUUGCUUCUGAGGUGCCUCCAAAAACAGAAGAGAUUUUUACUUCAGAAGAUGAAGAGCAUGCGAAGAAUGAAG